AACGGCCCAUUCUUGUUUGGGUUGUGGCCCAAGGCCGCCGCCUCCCCUCAUCUCCCCACACCACGCCCUGAUCGGCGAUCCCAGUUCGCACCGCCAGUCCGCCAUGGCGAAACCCUCCGCCGGCCUGCACACCCCGCGCCCCUCCGCGCUCCGCUCCUCCUCCUCCUGCCCCGCCACCCGCAGCUCCGUGGGCUCUACCUCCUCCUCGUCGGCCGCCGCCGCCGCAUCGAAGCUCCCCCUCCCCGCCGCCCCUACCCGCGACUUCGUCUCCAAUGCCAAGGUGGUGGCCAAGUGCCUGGCCUACGACGACGAAGGCAUCACCAUCGCUGCCGCCGCCACGCUGUCUCCGGAUUCCGCGACAGUGGGGGACCUCGCCGCACAGGAGGACGACCUGGGGCCGCUCCUCGAUCUGCCGGACCCCGACGCCUCCGCUGCUCCUGAUGAUGCGCUGACAGCUUCCGCCGACUCCGGUAUCACCGAGGUGCCAGCGCUCGCGGGCUCGGCGCCGCUCCCGGUGGAGAUCCGCGUCGUUCUGGCCGAGCUGCACGGCGCCAGUGGCCUCAGCCCGCGCUCCAAGCGCCUCCUCGCCGCGCUCACCGAGGCCGCCGCCUUCGAGCUCGCCCCCUCGGCCACCGCCCAUCGCCUUCGCCGCGCCGCCUUCUGGGGCAAGGUGCGCGUGGCGGUCCUCGCCGGGACACUCGCAGCCGUGGUCGCCGUCGACAUGGCGCUCGCCGCCUACCUCUACGCGCGCCGCGCCAACGACCGGUACCACGUCCUGCCCCCCACCUGAUCCUGAUCCUGAUCCUGAUUGACGGUGGCGCCUGAUCGUGCGGCCAAAUUAGCUGCUGCUUCUGUCACGUUUGCCCUGCCGUGUCUGUGUUGUUCUGAAUUAUAUAUUCCUGUCCUGCACCAGGACCAAAUCACACACGUACGCUCUA